CCAGAUGGAUGGGUUGAUGGAUUCGGGCCCUCCCGGCCUAUCCGGAGGCAACUUCUUCCUUGAAAGUGAGCACAGCACAUCCAUCCAUCCAUUCACCAUGGUGUCCAUGGCAUUUGCUUGUCCGCUUAUCUCUCCACCCGUGCAGACAUGGCGCUGACGGGGUUCACUGCGGAUGAGGGCGUGCUGAUGACGGCCAAGGAGCUCGUCGACAAUGCACUCGAUGCCGUCAAGCGACUGCAGCCGCACGCACGGCAGUUCGAGUGCCAACACAAACAGCGUACGACGAACAAGGAUGGAUCAGGGCCGCUGCAGUGCCUCCGUGUGUGUGCUGUGUGUGCAGAGGUAGAGGUGUUGCUUGAGGAUCACGGUUUGAAUGAUGAGGACCUGCUGCACCCCACCGAUGGGCAGCGUUUCGUUGAGGUGGUGGUGAGGGACUCGGGCAUAGGCCUCCAACACAACAACGUCGACCUCCUCGGUGCGUCGAUCGGUGUGGGUGCAUUGCACGACACGUGAGGCGAGAGAGCCCAUCGGUGUUGUGUUUGUGCAUGAAUGCAGGCACGAUAUUCGGCAGCUCUUCGUCCGCACAGAAUGCCGCCAAUGACGCACUCAGCGUCGCCGGCAAAUUCGGUCGGUACGCACACACGUCGGACACUCAGGGGUGACGUCCGAUGCGCGUAUGCAGGUGUUGGCCUGAAGAUGGUGCUGCUGAACUCACACAUCCACGCAGACGGCACUGUGCGCAUCAAAAGCAGACGUAAGGCGACACGGGGGAGGGGUGCAGCCACCGAACUCCUCGUACGUGUCUCGUCUGUCAGUGUCUUCGCGAGAGUUUUUCCACUUCUCGUUGUCUUACAGUGGCGACGACGGCGAGGUGACGGCCCAGCCAGCAGAGGAUGCCAUCGCAACCAACUUCCCAUUCAUGACUGAGUGAGCCCACCCCGACAGACCAUUCUGGACGAGAGGUUCGAUUGGUUCAGGUUUCGUGUGUGCAUCGCCUACCCAUCUGAGACACUGCUGCCGUCGAUUCAGCGCCUCUGCAACUACCUACUGCUGGUAGGUACCAACGGGGCACGGCGUUCACAGAUGUUGCUUACCAGUCGUUUCUUGGUGCGGGCAUGAUGUGUCAGGCCAAGGUGUGGCAUCCUGAGCUGGAGCUGCGCCUGUGUGUGGAGUGCCAACACGUCGACAUGCACCCCUUCACACUGGACACGACACACCAACACCCACAGGAAGUCAUCAGCUCACUCAUCGGGUCAGAAUCCUGCUCGUCCAGCGCACAACACAACAUGGCCUUUUACCCAUCUCCUUCUGCCCUUUGGUUGCAGUGUGGACGGUGCGGGCUCGUCUGGCAGUUCGUCGGUCGUGGUGCACCACACACAUUUCGGUGCCACCUUCAAAUGUGAGAUGGUCGCAGUCCUGGACAAGAAGGCACCACAGGCGGGCCACCACGGCCAGCAGACCGCCGAGCAGGGUGAGGGUGACGAGGCCGACGACGACGCCACCCAGCAUGAGGAGGCCGACGGCCCUCCUGAAGGCGACGAGCUGAGACGCGCAAGCGACGACCAGACAUACAAUGGGACCAUACAGGUGAGAGAGAGCGGGACUGGCGCAUUGGGAUCGUCUACGGCUCUGAUAUCCUGUGUACGUGUCUGUGUGUUCAGCUGUAUCGGAGUGUGAACGGGAUGCCACUGUUGUCGAGUGAGGCGCUGUCAUGCGGGCUGACGUCCCUGAUGGGCGGCUUCCUCCGGAGAGAGGGCGAGCAGUACGGCAUCACACUCAACAACACGCACAACAAUACCACAAUCGCACAAGCCAACCAGGAUGACUCUCAGGGGUAGGGGAGGAGAGAACGAACGAACGAAAGAAAAUAUCGAUAUGAUUGGAUACAAGGAAACCAGGCCAUCCGUCUGUGUGUGGGAUUUGUGCACAGUGGCAUGCUUGGGGGCGUGGAGUGCGUGACGUUCACCAUCGCAAAGAAGACAGACGACUGGACGCGGCUGCGAGUGGUGGGGUGCUGGCCAACACAAUACUACAAGGAUUCGUCUGACACAUUUGCACUCUGUGUGUGUGUGGUGUGUGUCGUGCGUCGUGUCGUCAGUUUGUGAAUGUGAGCGGUGCGUCGAUGGAGUUCGGUUCGUUUCAGAAGUCUUUUGUCAAGGCAUCCCACCACCUGGAGACGGCCGUGCUGCAGUGCACAAGGGCCAUCUUCAAGGCACUCAGACACAAAUGCCCCGACGCGUUCCAAUGCGACGAGGAACGACGGGUGAGAACGCACACACAGAUCCACCGACAAGAGGUGCCUGCAGGUGAGCAUCGCUCUCCUUCUUGGUGUCUCUUUGUGCAGUAUGAGGCGGCCAGGACGAUUUUCCUGCCCGUCAUGUCCAGCAACCUGUGCGACAUCGUAUUCAGAAGUGAGCCAGACGCGCAAGGCACAGACGAGACAUGAGCCCUGUGCUGCCUUGCCCUUCUUCUUGUUCAGGUCAGAAUGGUGCGUUCCGCGAUGAGGUGCUGUCGCUGUUGUCACUCGCAAUGCAACGAAUGGGUAAGUGAGAUACGCUCUCCCUCUGGACCCACACGCCUCCUUGUGGUUCUCAGAGGCCUCGGCGCAGCUUGCAGACGCCCCUGACGCCGCUGCGGGUGCUGCUGGUGAUGGUGGUCCCCCCGACUCCCAAGCCACCAUCCGCGUCGACUCGCAGCAGCAUCAGGAGCAUGAGGCACCACCACCACCACCACCACCCCUCUCCCGCCCCCAGGCCGAAUCCAUCCUCACAGCCCUGCUGCAGAAACGGCUCGACCGACUCAGCGGCGGCCCCAACGGCGCCAAGGCCAAGAGCAAAAAGAAGAAGAGGCGCAGGGCGGCGGGUGCUGGUGUGGCGGGUGGUGGUGUGAGGGCGAAGGCCAAGGCCAAGAGGGCGCCGGCACCGCGGGCUGCACGUGACAUGGAUGACACGCUGAGGGAGGAGGACGGUGGCCCGGAGGAGGGAGAGGGAGAGGGAGGCGAGGGGGAGGGGGAGGACGAGCAGCAAGACGACGAUGCCAACAUGCAAGACACGUACGGACGCCUACCCCCGCAGCGUGGCCUGCAGCAUCAUGGGUGUGGUGUGUGAGAGUGUGUUUGUAUUUUUGCAGGUAUGAUGAGGAGAUGGGCGGUGGUGGCUCGCCGUACGAGGACCUCAUCGAAGGGUGGUGACUGACUGACUGACUGAUUCAACCAUCCCAGCAUGUGUAUUUGUACGCGACUGACUGAGUGAGCGGAUGAAUGCGUGCAUUGAGGACCAUCAUCGCAUUAGUGACAUGAUCAAAGAGCGGCUGCACCGCGCACGUCUCAAAAAUCGCGUCCUAUUCAC